UGACGUUGGCUGUAUGCGGACGUUCGCUUGUGCCCUAUAUUGCUUCGAUUUUGUGUUAUCUGUGACUUCCCGCGUUUUUUCUCGAAUGUGACAUUUUGACAGUUGAUGCAACCAAACAUCACGCCGCCAUUUUAGAAUACCACAAAAUUUCAAGAUGGAGUCCUGUUCACAAAUGACAGAUGACGUUUUGGACAAAUACCUACAUAGUGAUUGUCAGAACGGUUUUACAAAGCAACAUGUCAAAGAAAUGAUUGUUUCGUACUUGAAUUUGACAUUUGCGUUCACAUUGACAGUUUUGGAAUUAAUAUACGAAUAUAGUUCUUACAUUCUAUUGGCUGUUGCUUUAUAUUUCUUGCUGCUAAUUCUAUAUAGAAGUUAUGUCAAUCCUAUAAUUUUUAAAAAGGAAUUCACAGAAAUAGGAUUCGAACACAUUCCCCCCGGGCCUGAUAGAGACAGAAUCAUAUCUAGAGCUCAAACUGCUAAGAAAAUAGGCAGUAAGACUCCACCACCAUUUCCGAAUGGAUGGUUUGCAGUCGCCGAAAGUCGAGAACUGAAGAAUGGAGGAGUUCUUUCGAUCGAUGCACUUGGCCAAAACCUCUGCAUCUACCGUGGCGAAGACGGCGUGGCGCGCGUUGUGGACGCGUACUGUCCACAUUUAGGAGCUAACCUGGGUAUCGCAGGCACCGUUAGCGGCUCCUGUAUCGAAUGCCCCUUCCAUAAGUGGAGGUUCGGGGAAAAUGGCGCUUGCGUCAGUGUUCCAGGAGUUGAACAUGCACCAAAAGGAGUUUCCAUAAAACAUUGGACGACCGUUGAAAGAGACGGCGCAGUGUGGAUCUGGUAUGAUGCUGAAGGAAGGGAUCCAUUAUGGGUAGUCCCUGAGCUACCUGAACUCAAGAGUUGGGGAUACCGAGGAAGGAACGAAUACGUUGUCAGCGCUCAUAUUCAAGAAAUUCCUGAAAACGGUGCUGACGUCGCCCAUUUAAACGCUGUACAUACUAUGUCCCUGCUGUCCGGCUUAGGAGAGAAAUAUCCACUACUAAAUGAUUUAAUAGGAUGCCACGUAUGGUCAGCUACUUGGACAAGGAAUGAGGAUCACACAGCCACCAUGACACUGACGCACGAUUACAAAAUCAUGAAGUUUGACCUAGGACAUGUUGAUGUUAAAGUUACACAGAUUGGACCGGGCCACGUUCGUCUAUUCCUAAGCACCCCAGUGGGACCUAUCUUAGUCUCCCAGUCAGUCACUCCUUUGGGACCAAAUCUACAAAAAGUCAUACAUCGCAUGUUUUCGCCUACUUACAACGCUCCCUUCGCUGCACUGUCGGUCAAGGCAGAGGGCGCUAUGUUUGAACGAGACAUAGUAAUAUGGAACAGUAAGCGCUUCGUGUCCGCGCCAGCUUAUGUCAAAACGGACAAGACUAUUAGAGCUUUCAGAAAUUGGUUCGCCCAAUUCUAUAGCGAAAAUAGCAUACCUUUUAGAGAAGCUCUUCAAAACCCUUUAGAUUGGUGAUUUUUUAACUUUUGAAGUUUUAAAAUGCCUUUUUAGACUAGUAAAUAAAAGUGUAUACGUCUUAUUUUGAUCGUAGAGGGUACUAGUGUAUGUAAGACAUCUUAUAGAUCACUAGCUACUCCCACGCAGUUUAUACCGACCGAUUUUUGCCAUAAACAAUGUUGAGAAUAGGCAUGGCGACUAAUUUUUAAUUUUUUGUCCGCCUUUUAGAUAUUUUAAAAAUCUUCGAUACCUAUUUUUUC